AACAAUAUGCAGCGUGCUGUCUGGGUCAGCGGGCAUGCCCCAAGGCAGCUGCUCCCAGUUCUCCACCAACCCCUGCCUCCCCGGCCUUUGUGUCAACGACUCUUCGGCAGCAGCGGGGUACUCGUGCCACUGCCCCUCGGGCUACGUGCAGACCUCGUCUAACCAAAUGCCGUCAUGCUCCAAGGAGGUGAACAUGUGGCAGUGCUCCGAUGCCAUCUAUGCAUGUAUGGACAUCACGCCGCGCUGUUACUGGGUGGCUGGCACGGCCUACUCAUGCUCAUGCGGCAUGCCUGAAACGCCCUUCAAGUGCUCCAAGCUCCCAGGCAGGCCGGUCAACUGUUCAGAUGCCACCCGGGGCUUGUGUCUGCCGGGCUUCUGCCGUACCAACGGGUCGGCGUUCAUCGGCUGCUUGUGCGCCACAGGCUUCAGUCAAGUCAACCCCUCUGCAGGCGACCCGUACUGUGCGCCAGACACUGGCACUGGCGCAUGCCCCUUGAAGGAGAAUCCCUGUGGCGAGGGCGUUUGCUCUGGCACGGGCAAUGACACCGGUUACACCUGCACCUGCCCGCCUGGUUACCACGCUGCGCAAGCCAAUGGAUCGCUCACCUGCACCAUGGAGCCGUCAUCCGGCGUAUCAUCAGGCCUAUCAGCCGCAGCUAUCACAGGGAUUGCGGUUGGCGCUGCUUGCCUUCUUCUUCUAGUCAUCCUUGGCUUUUUCCUUUGGCUGAGGCACACUCGCCAACAGCCCGAGAAGCGCACGGGGCUGAAGGGUGCUGCACGGAUUGACCAAGUUCCACUGUGCCAGGAGCUGCCCCUGAGCGAGCUGACCCAGGCCACUGACAACUGGUCGCCCCACAACCUGCUGGGGACGGGCGGGUACGGCGACGUGUACCGCGGGGUGCCUGCUGCCGACCCUUGUUCUGUUUGGGCCGUGAAGCGAGCCAAAGUCAUCACCAAGGACUUCAGGAGAGAGGUGCAGCAGAUGGCAUCGAAGCACCACCCGAACCUGGUGCGGCUGCUGGGGUAUUGUGUGCAUAUGGAUGCUGGCACGGAGGAGCACGAGCAGAUUGUGGUGUAUGAGUUCAUGGACGGAGGCGACCUGCUGCGGUAUAUGCAUGCUGAGAAGGGCACGCGUCCCCCUCUCUCCCUGGAGCAGCGCCUGAGUGUGCUUAUUGACAUAGCUCGUGGGCUGCAGUACCUGCACAGCUUUGGCAUCGUGCAUCGCGACAUCAAGCCCGCCAACAUCCUGCUAGAUAGACACACGACGGCCAAGAUAGCGGAUUUUGGCAUAGCGCGCAUGGGGGAUGAGAGCUCCAGUGGCGACACGACUCGCAUUCUCGGCACCCCGGGCUACGUGGACCCUUCGUACUCCAAGUCCCGCAAGGCCACCACUGCUGCUGAUGUGUACAGCUAUGGUGUCGUUAUGCUGGAGCUACUAACGGGGCGCAGAGCACUUUUGCCAUUGGGAGACCAGAACGUGCACAUCCGACAAUGGGCUGAGCCGCUGCUGGCGUGUGGGGAUAUAGAGAGCUUUAGGGACCCCACCCUUGAUGCCCCGCAUGAUACCAUUCUGCAACUCGGCCAGCUGGCGCUGCGAUGCACCGCCAUGCCCGUAACUGGCCGUCCACACAUGGACCAGGUCGUUUCGGAUCUGAGUAAAAUUCAUAAGAGUGCACCCGGGGGCGGUAGUUCGGAGUUAAGUGCAGUUGAUGCGAUUAUGCUUAGUGUUGAGCAUCCAACGCAUAGUUUUGACGAGGCUAUUGCCCUUGCUGUGGGAAGUCAGCAAUCUGCUCUAGCACAACGGUCUGAUAGUUAAAUUAUAUCUUAUAUAUAAUUGUAGGCUUGGUAGCUGUUACUGAAACUUACUGUAGAGGGUACAACACCCCUCCUUUAUCCCUCUCUCUUCUAUUCUCUACCUCUU